AUGAUCAACUCAUCUCCCUUUUCCCGCUCGCAACUUGAUGAUUCAUAUCAGAGCUCAAGUUUUCAAGGAGAAGAUUAUCCAAGUGUUUCGGGACAUAAGGAAUUUACUCCCACCAACAAUAGAUACAAACAAGAUCCAGUUGAAAAUGAAAAUUCCUUUCAAAAAAACAAUUUGAAUGGAUUGGACAGAAGUUUUGGAGGACUUUCAUCAAAUUCAGUUGAGGCUAGACAAAUUCAAUUCUCGAGCAGUAGAGAAACACAAGAUUACAACAACAUGGGAGAAAAGAACUUUACUAGUCCUCUGAGACACUCCACUAGUAAUUAUCCAGCGAUAUUUCAACAACAACAGCAACAACAAACCUUAGAAUUUUCACCUCCUCGUGUAACAUCAUCUCUCCGUUCCUCAUAUUCUGGAAUUAAUAAUAUUCAUACCAGGCCAACCUCUCCUAAGUAUCAUCAACCUCUCCUCAAUACCAUCAACAAACCUUCAUCUGAACCGCCUCAAGUAUUUUCGCCAUCUUCAUCCAUCAGCUCAUGUCCAGUGAGUCCAAUAGUGAAAGAUCAUAUUGGUACAAGUUUUGGUUUUGAAUCAUCUAGUUUAGUUAAAAUACCAAAAAACACUGCUAAUUAUCAUGCACAUUUCUCAACUCCAACUAGUUCAUAUGUCAGAGCUGCUAGUGAGAAGGGUAUUCCUCUCUGUAAAUUACACCAACUUCCUGUAGAUAUUUUAUGUAAGGAGUGUUCUGAAUUGAUUUGUGCAAAAUGUUCAAGAAGUUCUGUUCACAACUCUCACGAUUGUCAAUUAAUAGACGAAAUGGAUAGAGAAAAGGAGUGUAGAGAUAUCAGAUCAACUGUGGAAGUUUUAGAAUCUAGAGUAAGUAAGAUCCAACAAGCUUGUGGAACUCCAUAUGAAUUGGAUCUAAUGAAUCGACAACACGAAGAAGCAGUAAAUGAUAUUAAGCGAGAUUUUGAAAAAGCUAGAGAUUAUCUAUACAGAAAGGAACAAGAACUUCUUGAAUCCCUAUCAAUGAUUGUCCAAUCCAGAGUUCAAUUUUCUCAGGAUGUCACCUCGACCAGAAGAAAAUUAGAAGAUGCUGGAUCAAUGUAUCCCAUCGAGAGUGUUUCCAACUAUGACAUUGCCAAUAACAAGUACAGUACUGUUUCAAAUCUGAAAGAAAAGGUUGAAUUCUUGGAAAUUAAAUUAAAAUUCAAUGGUUCCUGCAUUGAUCAAGAUGGAAUGGAGCUUCAACAAAAAGCAAAAGAUGUUUCUGCUAAAAUUUCAGAACUUUCUCAACAUUUUGAGUUGAAAAAUUAUCCAUUCUAUUCCACUUUGAAAACAAACUAUAAGGACAUGUAA